AUGACGGCGAGGCCUGCCAUCCGCGCUACUGCAUGGGUGUGCAAUUCAUGUCGUGCCCGUCAAACCGCAGCGGCGACGAAGGGGCAUUCGCUUGUCCCGAGUCGCAGAGCUUCCACCGCGCCGUCUUCCUCCUCGAGUCCGGCGAUCGGUAACAGGAGCAGCAGCACGCAUCCUACCCAGAGACGAGGAAAGCUUCCCUCAUCACCAGCUCGAACUAGAUUCGCUCCCUCUCCCACAGGUAACCUCCACCUGGGCUCCAUCCGUACUGCGUUGUUCAACUACCUCCUCGCACGAGCGACCAAGGGCCAGUUCCUCCUCCGAAUCGAAGACACCGAUGCGAAGAGGACCAUACCCGGUGCGGAGGAACAGCUGUACAGAGAUUUGAGAUGGGCAGGGCUGCAGUGGGACGAAGGGCCCGAAGUAGGAGGUCCGUACGGGCCAUAUCGACAAUCUGAAAGACUUGCAUUGUACAAGACACAUAUCGAGACACUCCUACAGACUGGACAGGCGUAUCGCUGCUUCUGCACGUCGGACCGACUGGACGAACUCAAUCGCCGCCGCCACGAAAAAGGAUUGAGUUUGGGAUACGACAGGAAAUGCCUGAACAGCCUCUCCCCGUCGCAGGCAGAAGAGAAAGCCCAUCGCGGUGAAGCGCACGUUGUCCGUUUCCUCUCUCCGCACGAAUGGCCUCGUUACAACGACCUCGUCUAUGGCAAAUCCCAGGGCCAUGGGGCCGAAAAGACCAAGAGAUUACUGGUGGACGAACCGGUAUACGAGGACGCCAUCCUAAUGAAAUCCGACGGCUUCCCCACGUACCACUGGGCAAAUGUCUGCGACGACCAUGAAAUGCACAUCACCCACGUCGUCCGGGGUUCCGAAUGGAUGGCCUCGACGCCACUGCAUGUCGCGUUGUACAACUCCCUAAACUGGACGCCUCCGGCCUACGCGCACGUUCCGCUCUUGGUCGACAGCAACAAGCAAAAGCUCAGCAAGAGGAACUUCAACUCGGACAUCUCACAAUUCCGCGACCAAGGGAUCUUUCCCGAAGCUCUGGUGAAUUUCGCCGCGCUUUUGGGCUGGUCCCACACCCAGAAGCGAGACGUGAUGGGCCUCGCCCAGCUCGAAUCCCUCUUCGAUCUGAAAAUCACAAAGGGCAACACAAUCGUCUCCUUUGACAAACUCAACUUCUUGCAGGAACAACACGCUCGUCGACGCAUCCUGGCCGGAGGCGAAGGAUUUGAGCAAAUGGUUCGUGACGUGGCUGUUGCUGUUUUGGAAAGAUACGGCGCCGGGAGAAUCAUGCAGUUUCUAGACACCGGCUCUCACAAAAGGAAACUGAGAGACGUCCUCGCCCAACUCCUCAAGAUCCAAUCUCUGCAUUACCGCUCCCCAUCUCAAUUCGCCGAACAGUGCUCUUUAUUCUUCGAGCCUCCAGCCCUUGGAGAGUUGGAAGUCAGCGAUACCCACCUCCUCCACCCGCUCCGCGUCGCAGCAUCAACCCUCGCUCUAAUCCCCGAGGACUCAUGGACUAGCGAUGUCCACUCUUCGCACCUCCGCGCUCUAGAAGCUAGCGUCCCCCAAGACGAGUCCAUCUCCAUCAACCCACCGACCUGGAAACGGGAACUAUACCACUACCUCCGCUGGGCACUGCUGGGCGGGAGACAAGGUCCGGCCAUCGCCGAGACACUGGAGAUUUUGGGCAGAGGGACGUGUAUAAAAAAGAUCCAGGAAGCGAAUCUAAAGUCUCGAGAGAUGGAAACUGUCAAAACCAGGCCUGUCAUUGAGGCGCAGGGGUGGAAAGGGGAUGUUGAGGGGAAGAGGAGGGUCGAGAAGGCGUGGAGGGGGUAUGAGCUGCCUUCGUAA